AUGCCACUCAAGACCGAGGUCCGGUACAUCGAGUUACCGACGGGACCUUUCGCGCCUGUCUUGCAUGUGCUGCUGCUAGGUCGAGAUGCUCUGGAGGCUCGCCUUGUGGUCGCUGUGGCGUUCGAAAAAUUGAGUGCACGAGACGAUAUCAAGGACGAGGUUGCGACCUUCCAAGUCGAGCCGUCUGUUCAGACUCACGAUCAGCCGUAUCGUGCUCAAGAGCAGUUCCGUUUCGUCCAUCAAGAUGGCUGCUCCAUGGGCACCGGAAGUCUUCAAUAUCAGCGAACUGUGCCACAGGGUCACCAUGGCCAGCUGAACCAAUCGCCACCUCAGCCAACAGAUACCAGCUAUGCCCAUCAGGCGCAGAGGACCUCGAUGCAGAUCCAGACGGGUGUCGAGGAUCAAGCAUCGGUGAAUCACCCAAUCGCCAUAUCGAGCCAGAUUCCACGCGACCAGCACUAUGGCAGCAUGACCGUGCCGUCGCAGAUGCAGAACGAAUUCUCAGUUACGCAUGGCCCUUAUGACUAUCCAGCAUGGGAUGAGCCACUGAACUGGAUUCCCAUCAGUGUGUACCCGUCGCCAUAUGAGGGGGAACUAGAACAUGAUUUCUCCUUUCUUCUUCCUCCGCUGUCCGACUCGUCCACGCUGGGUGUUGAUUAUGGACCAGCCAUCCCGAUUGAUGCCUCUUCUCAAGUCUACCAGAUACCCUCGACCGUUCAGCAUCACGAGCAGCCAUUUCAAGAUGGCCGUAAUCUCUCAGUCACUUUCUCUGGUCUUGCUAACAGCCCAACAUCAUCUGCAAGCAACGAGCAGUCUGCCCCAAGAUCGGGCAUUGGCUCAGGUGGCCUAGCUGACGGGAAGAAGAGACGCCGUAAAUCGGCAGCCACCCUGGACUUGUUUGUCCAACCGCGCCGAAAAAGCAAUACUUACGCCUUUCCAACAGAGAUUUCAUCCGCUGCCGAAGAUCCUGACUUUCACCCGAGGCAGUAUUGCUCUGUGGGAGCCUACGACAUACUAUUCGCUGCUUUCGAGCGCCUGUGCAGGCAUAGCCAGCAAAAAGCUCCGUUUCACAGCACCUCCUUCCCAGACAUGGAUGCCUUCAAUCGCUAUAUCGAUCUCUAUUUCCAGCAUUUCCACUCCAUCUUUCCAUUGUUGCAUCGACCGACAUUCGGUCACAAUUCGCAUUGGUCUGUGAUACUGGCUGCAGCAACAAUAGGGAGCACAUUUGCCCAAGCAUCGUACACAUCGAGUCUGAGGGAAGCUUUCCAAGAGUUUCUUAGGCGAGUUGUCAGCGAAGCGUCUGAGACAGCCAGUGAUCUGCUCGAUAUUCCACUUGCUCAAGCACGACUGCUCAAUUUAGUCAGUCUGGGUCAUGCCGAGGCAGAUCAUUUGAGACUCCUUGCGACGAGGUGUCAUGCAGAUCUUUCACAUUGGUGCCUCGAGUCCGGAAUUCUCCAGCUGACUGGGUCCAAGGGUCAGGACUCAGAUCAUGGUCUGGACAGCUCACACUCAUGGCAAGCAUGGUCGAGCUGGAUACAAAACGAGUCACUGCGACGCAUUGCUUACUUGACCUGGCUGAUGGACACCUCCAUGGGGUACCUUGCCAAUACGCGGCCAUUGUGCAAUAUGGAUGAUGCUCGGACACCUCUUCCCUCUGAGGAAGGCCUUUGGAAAGCCGAGACUGCUGAAGAUUGGCGCUCGCUCGCUGUGGUCUCGCAACCUAUGCCAUCCCUAUGUGGCGCACUCGAGCACCUGUACACGAAAAAGGCAGUUCCACCUGGCCUCAGCGACCUGUGUCAGACGCUCGUCAUCAAUGCGCUAUUCCAGCGGACAUGGGAGGUCGGCACACAUAUCAAACAGCCGUUGAGCGAGUGGGUCCCGACGGGCAAGGCUCGAGGGUUUCUGAACACGCCAUCCAAGGAUGAUUUUUGGCUUCCCUUGUACCCUCUGUAUGCCAACUGGCGUAACUCGGCCUGCGACUGCUUGGACAUCAUCAACUGGCAGGCAGCCAGCAUUGUUGCCAAGGCAUCAGGCGUCGAGCACGACUUGAUGCUUCAUCUCCAUCUCGCUCGGAUCAUACUCCUGACACCAUUCCAGGAGAUUCAGGACCUGCUCUUCUCAUUGAUUGGCCGCGUGGGCGACUCAUCAAGAGCAAGCUUUUACGUUCAUGAUGGCAGUUAUCAGCCACGCAACCGCGCCAAAUUGCCUCAGAUCAGAAAGAUCACGUGGAGAUGGCUAAGAGAUGACCAGCACAAAGCCCGUUUGGCUAUGGUCCAUGCUGGGUCAGUGUUCUGGCAUGUGCGCCGGUACUCAUCCAUGAGCUUCUACGAACCGCUUGCGGUGUACCUUGCUAGCCUGGUGCUGUGGACAUACGGCUCGUACAAAUCGGCGGCUUUGGAGAGGAAUGUAGCAAAUGCCAACUCCAAGCCUAUCGGAGGCCCGAGCGGCCCUUCUGCGGAUCUGACAGUCGUGCAACCGUCUCGGGUUGAGCGCAAGAUUCGAGUUCAGGAUGUCAUCAGCAACACGGAGUCUGCCGCCGCCGGUGAUCGUCAAGGAUCCGAGGCAGACGCCCAGAAAGGGUCCGGAGCCGAUAGUGACUUGGAGGACAGCUCUUCCGAUACAUCUGGAGCUCAGCCGGAAUUCAUCCACCUUGACCGUCCGUGCGACGAUGAAAUGAUACAACACUUCGUUCGCAACGGACACAACAUGACCGGGCAUAUGUCGAAUGUUGGGGAUAUCUGCAAGACACCAAGCAAGGUCUUGCUAGAGGGAGCGAAGUUGUUACGGACACGCUUAGGCUGCUGGGGUGUGAGCAGGGAAUAUUACGAUAUCUUGACCAGACUAGCUGAGAUGCGGAAAGGGUAG